AUGGGUGUGCUUGCGACGCUGUCACAAUCGGCCGAGCGCCUCCUUGGUUCCCUCCCGACCUGGCAACUCGUUCUUCUCGGCUUCGUCGCUUUCCUCGUGAUCUCUGUGACAUGGAAUGUUACAAGACAACUGUUGUUCAAAGAUAAAAACGCACCGCCGGAGGUUUGGAGUUGGUUUCCUGUGCUGGGAAAUACGAUAUGGUACGGCAUGGAUCCCUUCGACUUCUUUUUCACAUGCAAAGCGAAAUACGGCGACGUCUUUACCUUUAUCCUGCUUGGUCGACGAGUCACCGUCUGUUUGGGCACCAAGGGCAACGAGUUCAUUUUGAAUGGCAAAUUGAAGGAUGUGAAUGCCGAAGAAAUCUACACAGGACUGACCACACCGGUGUUUGGGGAAGGUGUCGUGUACGACUGCCCCAACUCCAAACUGAUGGAGCAGAAGAAGUUUGUGAAAUUCGGGCUCACUAUGGAGGCCUUUCAGUCCUACGUGGACCUGAUCUCGAGUGAAACCAAGGCCUUUGUGGAGAAAGGUAGACCCUUCCGGUCUCAUUCUGGGACAAUCGACAUUAUCCCCGCCAUGGCCGAAUUGACCAUUUACACGGCAUCCCGAUCUCUCCAGGGCCCUGAAGUGCGGGCCAAGUUCGACUCGACCUUUGCCGACUUGUAUCAUGAUCUAGAUAUGGGGUUCUCGCCCAUCAACUUUAUGCUGUCGUGGGCUCCUCUCCCACACAACCGCAAGCGAGAUAUUGCACAGAAAAAAAUGACGGACACAUACAUGGAAAUUAUCAAACAGCGACGUGCUGCGGGCGGCAAGCGGGAAAAGGGAGACGAAGACAUGAUUUGGAAUCUGAUGGGCUGCGUGUACAAGGACGGCACGCCAGUUCCGGAUCGAGAGGUGGCACAUAUGAUGAUCGCGCUCUUGAUGGCGGGCCAGCACUCUUCGUCGUCGACCUCGAGUUGGAUUCUGUUGAGACUGGCGACAAGACCCGAUAUCCAGGAGGAAUUAUUGGAGGAGCAGAAGCGUGUGCUCGGAAAUGACCUCCCCCCCUUGACAUAUGAGAGUCUUCAGAAACUCAGCCUGAAUGCCAAGGUGGUGAAGGAGACACUGAGAUUACACGCUCCGAUCCACAGCAUUCUUCGCAAGGUCAAGUCACCCAUGGCCAUCGUGGCCAAUACGCCGACCUCGACAAAAACAUAUCAGAUACCGACCAGCCACACACUCUUAUCCGCGCCAGGCGUGACCUCGCGAGAAUCCGAAUUCUUCCCUGACCCCAUGAAAUGGGAACCACAUCGCUGGGAUGAAGGCCAUCCUCUUGCGUACACGCGGAUGGGCCAAGAAAAGGAAGAAUUCGAAGACUACGGCUACGGCAUGAUCAGCAAGGGGGCUUCUUCCCCUUAUCUCCCGUUCGGCGCAGGCCGACAUAGGUGUAUUGGCGAGCAAUUCGCCUAUGUACAGCUUGGCGCGGUGCUCGCGACGAUGGUGAGACUGGUUAAAUUCCGACAGAUUGAGGGCAAGCCGUUGGUGCCCACGGAUUACUCGAGUUUGUUUUCGAGGCCGAUGGCGCCGGCGGUGGUCGAGUUUGAGAAGCGAGAGAAGGUGUAA